UUUGGCAGCGAGACAGGAUGAAGACCAACAUCGGCGCCAGCAGCAUUGAGGGCAAGAUGGCCAAGCCAAGCCUCGCGUCGCGCAUCAAGAACGUCGACAAGAUGGAGCUGCCGAAGCUCCUGCGCUACAUGCGCGUCGGCAACAUCCUGUGCUCGGCGCUGCAGAUCUUCGCCGGUGUCACCGGCUUCUUCAGCUUCCUCACGCUCAACAUCACGGGCUCGCUCGUCUCGCUCUACGUGGUCAUGUUUGGCCUUCUCUUCCUUCUGUACGAGUGCCGGCUCAACUCGAUGGAGUCGCGCAUCCGCAACAACUUUGGUUUCCUCUACACGUACAAGGGUCGCGCCGGCUUCAUAUUCUUCAUUGGCUUCCUCGAUUUUGGUAUGAGCACCGCCUUGGGCACGCUCGCGGGUAUCGUCAUGAGCCUCGCUGCGAUCACGAACCUCUACGUCAUGUACAAGCACCCAGACUUCAAGAACGUGGGUGUCAACGCGGACCCGACGGCGUCGUAUGCGACCGGCAACCAGGCCGCGCAGGACUACCUCCGCGCAAACCCGCAGGUCGCGAUGCAAGCUGGCUCAUUCGCCCUCUCGGCCCAACGGGUGUAAAGACCGGUACUGCGGAGCGCAGCCACGUCGUAUCCCGGAAGCAAAGCAAGUGCGAGUAGAUGGCAAUUUGCAUAAAGCAGAAAAUAAAACUAUUGAUUUUAUGCGAGG